AUGUUAGUCAAUUCAGGAAAUUUGAUUGUUAACAUAAAAAAUGAUAUUAUGUAGAGAUACUAUAGGAUUAAACUAAUAGGUUAAGGAAGUUUUGGAAAAGUAUACAAAGUAAGAAAUUAAGCAAAUGAAUUAAGAGCAUUGAAAAUAAUAGCUAAGAAAGAUUUCACAGAUCAGAAUGAAAUAGAGAACAUGAAAAAACUUGAUCAUCCUAAUAUAAUGGCUAUUUAUGAGAUAGCUUAGGAUGACAAUUAUUAUUAUAUAGUAAGUCAAUUAUGUGAAGGAAUUGAAUUAUUUGAUGAAAUCCACAAAAGAAUAAACUAAAAUAAAAUCUUUUCUGAAGAUGAAGUUAGAUAUAUAUUCAAGUAGAUUUUAAGUGCUAUAGCAUAUGCUCAUGAUAAAAAUAUUAUGCAUCGUGAUAUCAAACCUGAAAACAUUCUAAUUGAUCCUACAGAUUAACAUAUAAAAAUUAUAGAUUGGGGAUUGAGCAAAGACAUGACUAAUCUUGUUUCUAUCAAAUAGAAAAUAGGAACUAUUGAUUAUGCAGCUCCAGAGGUACUCUUAGAAAAAGGGUAUGAUAAUAAAUGUGAUUUAUGGUCUUGUGGUGUAAUUUUAUAUAUUUUACUAUCUGGUGAAUCUCCAUUUCCAGGAAAUAAUACAGGUGAAAUAGAAUAGAAAAUUAUUAAAUCUAAAAUUAAUUUGAAAUUGAAAAUUUGGAAGGCAAUUUCAAAUGAUGCCAAGAAUUUAUUAUAACAUUUAUUAGAGAUAGAUCCUGUUAAAAGAUUUAGUGCUUAAUAAGCUUUAGAAAGUGAAUGGAUUCAAAAAUAGACUAUAUCAACAAUCAAAGAAAUAUCAUCUCAAGAAAUGCAAUUUAGACUUUAAAAAUUAUCUAGAUUUUGUUGUGAAAGCAAAAUGGUUUAAGCUACUUUCCAUCUUAUGAUAUAAUAGAAUUUGACUCAAGAAAAGUAUAAGUAAUUGAGGUAAACCUUUUAGGAACUUGAUAAGAAUGGUGAUGGAAAAUUAAGUAUAGAAGAAUUAAAAGCAUAUUGUAAUGAUGAUAUUGAUGUAGAAGAUUUAUUCAAUAGGGUUGAUACAGAUAAAAAUGGGUAUAUUGAAUUUACAGAGUUCUUAACAGCUGCAGUAGAUAUGAAGAAACUUGCUUCUCAUGAUUAACUCAAAGAUGCAUUCCAUUUACUUGAUUAAAAUGGAGAUGGAUUUUUAGAAAUUGAUGAAAUUAAAAAAAUUUUUAAUGGUAAAAUCUAAGUUCAAGAUGAAAAUUAAUGGGAUCAAUUACUAUAAGAAAUAGACAAAAAUAAUGAUGGUAAAAUAUCAUUAGAAGAAUAUUAAGAAGCUAUAACUAAAUUUAUUGAUUAUAAUUAACCUUCUUCAAAUUUUGCUAGUCAAAAUCCAAAUCCUGAACCAGAACCAAAUAUCACUAAAAAAGUUAAGUUAACUGAAUCCACUUAUAAACUAAGAAAUAGGUAAAUUAAUUGAUUUUAUAUUAUUAUUUUAUAAAUUGGUUGCACUGCAUGAAAAAGACUUAUAACUUAAAAAUAGAAUUAAAUAGCUCAAGUUCUUCAGAGAAAACCUCUCCUUAUUUAGAUAGUGAUGGAAAGUAUGUUAUUUAUAAAUAAUAUAAGGGAAUAUUAUGAUUAUUUUGAUGUAAUUAAAAUUGGCAAUAUAACUUAUGGUGAAGUAAGUGCAAAAAGAUGUGGAAGGAUUACUAUGGAAGAUAGGGUAUAUGAUUAUUUGUAUAAUUAACUAGUUUUAAGCUAUUGCAGACUUUGAUGGAAAAUAAUAAUAAUUUUAUUUUGGAGUCUUUGAUGGUCAUGGUGGAUCUUAUGUGUCAAAGUUACUUCGAGAACAAUUGCAUUUUCAUUUAAAAAAUAAUAAGUUUUUCAAUAAUGAUAUUGAAUAAGCAAUUUUAGAGAGUAUUGAUAGCUUUAUAUUUCUCCAAAAUUAGGUUUUAAUUAAAUGAAUAUUGAUAUUCUUAAAUAAUAACACUUAUUGAUGAAAGACGGUGGUUCAACUGCUUUAUGUGUUAUCAAUGUAGGUAAAGAGUUAUUUGUAAUCAAUGUUGGUGAUAGUGCUUGUGUAUUAAUUGAUAAAGAUUUCUAAAUAACUAAAUUAAAUUAAGAACAUAAACCUGAUAGAGUAGAUGAGUCAAAAAGAAUUAUUGACAAUAAUGGAUUUGUUUUAACUAUUAAGUAUUAAAACAAUUAAAAAGAAAUUAGGCUAGAAUUAAUGGUGAAUUGGCAGUAAGUAGAUCUUUUGGUGAUCCAAAAUAUAUUGAACAUGGAUUAACUGCUAUUCCUGAAAUCACUAAAUUGUAAUUGAAUGAAAACUCUAAAUAUUUAAUUCUAGCCACAGAUGGAUUUUGGGAUGUGAUUACUAUUGAAACUCUUCAAAAGCUUCUCAUAAAUUGGGAUAAUUUUAAAGAGAAAGAAGGUCUUUCACAAUAUCUAUUAGAAUCAGCAUAAAAAUAAUAAACUAAUUAUAAAAAAGAUAAUAUGACAAUUAUCAUAAUUGAUUUAAUUAUUUAUUUCAAUAAAUUAUAAUGA